AUGACAGUUGUAGGAGAGAUCGUCCAUCACACAGCAGACCUUAUUGCUUUUGCUUGGGGAUUCGUCACUUACAUUCCAUGGUUCGUCGUAAGCGGAGCUGGCUACAAGCUCAGCAUGAACCGCCGCCUGAAGUCCCGGGAGAUCAAGCCCGCUGUCCGCCGAGCCGUAGAAAACACCGUGCUCAUCCACAACUUUGACCAGAAACAUGACAAUCUCGUCGACGCCUUCCGAGCUGCCACUGCUAGAUUCGGCGCCCGACUCGCCAUCGGCCGACGAGAGCUUCUUUCCGAAGACGACGAAGUCCAGCCAAACGGUCGAACAUUCAAGAAAAACACCUACGGCGACUACCACUUCAAGACUUUUUCCGAAAUGGAAACGCUCGUCAACAAUGCCGCUGCUGGUUUCGCCGCUCUUGGGCUCAAGAAAGGCGAUAAAGUCGCCCUCUACAUGGAAACUCGAUCCGAGUGGAUGAUCGCUGCCCAUGCUGCUUUUCGCGCUGGCCUGACUGUAGUUACUGUCUACGCUUCGCUUGGAGAAGAUCGAGUUAUUGAAGCUAUUGAGGAAUCGGAGGCGAAGGCCUUGGUUUCUUCCAACGCUCUUCUUUCCAAGUGUGUCAAGCCCGUAGCAGAUGCUAUGCAGGGACAACUCCAGCAUAUCAUCAACUGCAAAGAUGAAAACAACGCGCCUUGCCCUGCUCUUGAAUCCCUUGACGCUUCCAUAACCAUCACAGCUUUUGGAGCCCUUUCACUAACUGAUGCCUCAACUUUCGAAGGUCCAGAAGUCACGGGAGACGAUCUGGCCGUUAUUAUGUACACUUCUGGCACGACUGGAAAAGCUAAAGGCGUCAUGAUUCUUCACAGAAACCUCUGCGCCGCAAUUGGAGGCUUGACUUCUCGAAUCAAGCUUUCUGGCAUUUCUUUCGAAGAUGAUGUCUACAUUGGUUAUUUGCCUCUUGCUCACGUUCUUGAGCUCGCAGCGGAGAAUACCGUCCUGCUUAACGGCUCAAGAAUUGGAUAUUCUAGCCCGCUCACGCUCUCCGACAAGAGCGCAAAGAUCAAAACCGGAACCAUGGGCGACGCUCGUGCUCUCCGACCAACCUUGAUGGCCGCCGUCCCUGAAAUUUUGGAGCGAAUUCGAAAGAAUGUCGACCAAGUUGUAAAGCAGGGCUCUCCACUCAAGCAAGCGAUUUUCAACUACGCCUACAACUACAAAUUGGAUCAAAUUGAAAACGGUGGCGACUCUCCUGUCCUCAACAGACUCAUCUUCAAGAAGACAAGAGAUCUUCUCGGUGGUCGAUUGAAAGCUAUGAUUGCUGGUGGAGCUCCAGUCGAAGCUAAGACUCAGCAGUUCAUGUCGAUUUGCAUGUCCUGUCCUUUGAUCAUCGGAUACGGCUUGACUGAAACUUGCGCCGCUGGAGCAGUCCAGGACGCGUACGAUACCUCUAAUGGCCGAGUUGGACCCCCUCUUGGUUGCGCUGAAAUCCGACUGAUUGACUGGGAAGAAGGCAAUUACACCAUCAAAAACAAACCCGCUCAAGGAGAAGUUCUCAUCGGUGGCCCUCAUGUUACCGCUGGCUAUUUCAAGAUGCCAGAAAAGACAGCUGAGGAUUACUGCGAGAUUGAUGGAUUGAGAUAUUUCCGAACUGGUGAUAUUGGAGAAUGGGAUCAUGAUGGCGCUCUCAAGAUUAUCGACAGAAAGAAGGAUCUUUGUUACGGUUUCACGAUUUUUACAGGAUCGAUUCCUUAG